CAGGAAAUACAGGACAACACUCCAAAGCGGAGGCGGCGAACACCAUGGCCGCGGCGGCCUCCUCCUCUCCGUACACCGGUGAUUCACCGGAGGCGCCCUUGUCCGGCGAGAAGGUGUACGUGGCUGUGGGAGCGGAGUCCAGGGACACGCUGCUGUGGGCGCUGCACAAGUUCGGGCCCCAAGGCACUGCCUUUGUGCUGCUCCAUGUCUACUCCCCUCCCAAGUUCCUGCACAUCCGCGGAGCCAAAAUUCCUCCCAGCCAACUGCCAGAGCAGGAGCUGAUUGCACACAAGAAGAUGCACCUGCAAAGUAUCAGUGACAACUUGGAUCAAUAUCAGCUCACAUGCGCACAACAAAAGGUACAAGCUGAGAGGCUGGUGGUUGAAGCAGAUGAUGUUGCACAGGGAUUGGUGGAUCUAAUAUCUGCGCGUAAUGUUUCCAUGCUUGUAAUGGGGGAUGCAGAUGAUAAACAUUAUGCAAAGAAAAUGAAGGUUCUGAAAUCCAAGACAGCACAAGCUGUAGAACAGCAUGCAGAUCCUUUCUGCAAAAUAUGGUUCAUUUGCAAAGGGACACUGGUUUAUUGUAGGAAAGCUGCUCCCUUUAGCCAUGACAUGAUGCAGGAAUGUAGGCAAAGUUCUACUUGUGCGCAAUCAUCAGUGGAGAGAUCGAGUAGCUUGUCAGAGAUGUGGCGUGCUUCAAACACGUGGCUACAAAAACUAAACCUCGAUCAACAUGCUGAGACAACUAGUUCAUACAGAUACUCUGGUAAAGAAAAGGAAGGCACUAAAGAGUGUAAUGAGUCUGACAAUGAGCUCCACAAUAUACUCAUGGAGUUAGAGCGAGUAAAACAGGAAGCUUAUGAGGAGAAAUGCAGAUGUGAGAAAGCAGAACAAAAGUUAUUUGAGGCUCUCCAGAAAGCACAAGCAUCAGAAAAUUUGUACUUUGGAGAACUGAAGCAAAGGAAUGAAAUAGAGGUAAAAUUGGCAACAACAAUGGAGGAAGUUGAGAGGCUUGCAAGAACAGCUGAUGAACUUGCUGCAAAACUUAAAGAGGAAUGCAAGAAAAUACUGGUCCUAGAGAAACGAAGUGCCCAUUCUGAUCGUAUUAUCAAGGAUGUUAUGUUGCAGCGUGACAAAGCAGUAAGAGAGGCAGAAUCAAUACGUGUUAAAAAUGGAGAGUCAACUGCAACUGUGGAUAGGACAGUGCACAUCACAGAGCUGUCCAUCUCAGAGAUUAAGGAGGCAACCAACAACUUUGACCAGUCGUUGAAGGUUGGAGAGAGUGUUUAUGGAAGUGUAUAUAAGGGAUUUCUUCGACACACUAAUGUGGCUGUAAAGAAGUUGAAUCCUGAAAACACACAGUCACUGUCACAGUUCAAUCAAGAGGUGGAAAUCCUUAGCAGAGUGCGACAUCCGAACCUUGUUACUCUCAUAGGAGCAUGCAAGGAUGCCCGGGCUCUUGUCUAUGAAUACAUGCCCAAUGGAAGCUUGGAUGACCGCUUGGCUUGCAAGGACAAUUCAAGGCCUCUUAAUUGGCAAUUGCGUAUUCGCAUUGCUUCCAACAUUUGCUCUGCACUCAUUUUUCUCCAUUCUAAUAAACCCCACAGCAUUGUUCACAGUGACUUGAAAGCAUCUAACAUUCUUCUUGAUGGAAAUAAUGUAGCUAAGCUCAGUGGUUUUGGUGUGUGCCGAAUGUUAACUGAUGAAUUCAAGGCCACAACCACUUUAUAUCGCCAUACCCACCCAAAAGGGUCUUUUGUGUACAUUGAUCCUGAAUAUGCUAUUUCUGGUGAUCUGACACCCCUUUCUGAUGUAUAUUCUUUUGGUAUUGUACUCCUGCGCCUCUUGACUGGAAGAUCAGGAUUUGGUCUUUUGAAAGAUAUGCAACGGGCAGUACAGAAGGGUUGCUUGCAAGCAAUAUUAGAUUCAUCAGCUGGAAACUGGCCUCUUAUGCAUUCUGAGCAGUUGGCUCGAGUAGGCCUAAGAUGCUGCGAAAUCAGAAGAAAAAACCGCCCUGACCUACAAACAGAGGUUUGGACUGUACUUGAACCAAUGUUGAGGUCUGCUUCCUCUAUGCUAUGUUCAUUAUCAUUUAAAUCAGUAUCUGAAGACUAUGGUAAUGUGCCAUCCUACUUCAUCUGUCCAAUACAACAGGAUGUCAUGAGAGACCCUUUAAUUGCUGCAGAUGGUUUCACCUACGAAGCUGAUGCUAUAAGAGAGUGGCUUGAUAGUGGUCAUUGUACAUCACCCAUGACAAACCUCGAUCUACCCCAUCGUGAUCUUUUGCCGAACCAUGCUCUCCGUUCUGCAAUUCAAGAAUGGCUGCAGACAAAUACCGACUAAUACGUUUGGAUUCUCACCAUCGGCAGUAGAAAAGGCUCGAAAUUGUGUCAUAUAUCUUCUGGAGAUACAUGUCAGACCAGGCUUAAUAAGCAGAAACCACAGGAAACCAGAUUAAUAUGUUUGAGUCUUUUUUUAUAGAAAGAUUGACUAAUUAAAGGUAUACACACGGUUGUUUGAUUUUUGAGCAAAACUUGUAUGUAAAAAUAUAAUAAUAAAUCUGGAGUAUCUCUGCUUCAUCAGUUGCAUGGUAAACAUUGUACAGGUAUUUUAUAAGAGAAAUUUUACGGUACUUAAUAAAUCAUCAGUAGGUGUCAAAUUU